CGCUUUCAAGUCACAAUCGUGCUCACAAUUAAGCCAAAAAUAACGUUACUAUCGCAGUUAUAUGUUAACCUGUUGACGUGAUAACAACAAUCAACAUGAAACUUUUUCUUUAAAAUCAAUCGUUAUUUUAAAUCGUUUCAACAAAAUAAUAAUCAACAACAAUCAGGAAUAACAAUUUGAAAGUUUUCAUGUUACAAACUGAUCAUUAACAAUCAAGUUAUGAUUUGUAAUGAUAACUUGAUCACACAAAAGUGAAAAUAACAUCAAACAAGGAAACAAUUAACAAUAAAUUCAUUGGUACUAGUUUAUCAUUCAAUAAUAUUAAUCAUCUGUGUCAACAAUUUAAAUUACACUACAGCGACUUUUGAUUAUUAAGUUAUCAUCAUCGUCAACAAUUUAAUUCUAUUUUGAACGUUAUCGGUUUAGGAUGAGGACAACAAAUAACAUGAUUUAUAAAUCAAUCGUCUUCAUCAAAUAACAAUAACAAGUACUCAGUUUUAAACGAGUAAUUAAUCAAUCGUUAUAAACAAAAACAGUUUAAUCAUCAACUAAUUUAGUUAACAGUUAAUUUGUUUUUGUGUUUGUGUACAAAGGUGUCCAUCUAAUCAAUCAAAUAUGAUAACCUUACAACUUUUUUGGAUACCUUUGGGUUUGUUAUCAUUAUUUUGUGCCAUCAACUUGACCCAGGGUCAUGUAACUUACAUUGAACCAAGAUAUCCACUAAAGGGAAAUCGAUCACCUCCUGGUUCACCUUGGCCUCUUCCUCGAACAUGGACUCGUAUGACCUCACAAUACACACUGAGUCCCGAUCAUUUUGAACUUAAGUCUAACUUUAAUUGUGAAAUCAUCGAAGCAGCCUUAUUACGCUAUCGUGGCCUAAUUUUUAUUGACCGUUCGAAGACCAUCUCACCCAAACACAAAGAAUUGGAGUCAAUUAAAGUUCACAUUGAUGAUACAAGAUGUGGAUACCCCAAGUAUGGUGACAACGAAAAGUACAGUUUAACGAUUCCCGAUAAAGAUUCCAGUGGCUCUAUUCGCGCUAAAACGGUCUGGGGAGCACUUCGAGGUUUAGAAACAUUUUCCCAACUUGUUUAUAUUGAUGAAAAAUCAGGUCACUACAUGGUUAAUGCGACUCGAAUUGAAGAUUGGCCAAGAUUUCCUUACAGAGGAAUCAUGAUUGAUACAGCUCGUCAUUUUAUCCCAAUCAAAGUAUUACUCAAAAAUCUGGAUGCUAUGGCUUGGAAUAAAUUCAAUGUUUUCCAUUGGCACAUAAUCGAUGAUCAAUCAUUUCCUAUGGAGAGUAAAAUUUUCCCCAAUCUAACUAAAUUGGGCGCCUACAAUGAUAAACUAAUUUACACCCACAAGGAUAUUAAACAGCUGAUUGAGUAUGCCCGAUAUCGAGGUAUUCGUGUUAUCCCUGAAAUUGAUACUCCAGGACACACCAAGGUGAUAGGUCGUGCAUUCCCUUCAUUAUUGACGACCUGUUAUGAUGGCGAUACUCCAGCGCAAUCGGUUUAUGGUAAACACUCAUCCCAUGAGAACUUGAAUCCCGCUCGAAAUGAGACCUUUGAAGUAUUACGCCAAUUGUUUAUCGAGGUGAAAAACUUAUUCCCUGAUGAUUAUAUUCACCUUGGUAUGGAUGAGGCUUAUUAUGAUUGUUGGAUGUCCAGCCCAGAGAUACGUAACUUUAUGGACAGUAAAAGAUUCACCGAGAUGAAACAAGUGGAAAAAUAUUACAUUGACCGAACUCUCGAAAAUGUCAAAAGUCUUGGCUACAAGUAUAUCGUUUGGCAAGAUCCUAUUGACAAUAAUGUAACUCUCUCCAAAGAUGCUAUAGUUGAGGUUUGGAAGGGUGGACCACAUCAUGAAAAAGAUGGUUGGAAAAGACAUGUGAAAGAGGUGCUAAGGCGGCAGAAUAAAUUAAUUUUAUCAUCAUGUUGGUACCUUAAUUAUAUCAAUUAUGGAGAAGAUUGGAAAAACUAUUACAAUUGUGAUCCAGUUCUUGGUGUUAAUGCAACGGAGGCCGAAAGGGAACUUAUUCUCGGUGGUGAGGCUUGUAUGUGGUCUGAAUAUGUUGAUCAAGUCAAUAUACUUUCAAGGUUAUGGCCUCGGGCAUCAGCUGUAGCUGAAAGACUUUGGAGUCAUCCUGAUGAUACAAAUGAUACCGAUAGUGCACUUUUCAGACUCGAUGAACAAAGAUGUCGCAUGUUAAGACGAGGUGUUGAAGCUCAGCCUCUAAUCAAUGGAUUCUGUGGAUCUUGGGAAUUAGAUAUUGAAUUUGGAAUCCAUGCUAAAUCAUCUGGAUCAUCAAUAGUCAACAAUCAGUCGAUUCUAAUUGUCACCCUAGUUUUCUUAACUUAUUAUAUUUCUCUAAUCAAGUCAUUAUAUUGAUUAUUCUAAUCGCAAUUAACUAAACACAAAGAUACCAAAAAAACCGCUGAUUUCAGGCUCAAUAUUUUCAUCAUCAUUAAAGCUAAACUAACAAGGAAACGAAAAAUUUAAUUUCGUUGACGAUAAUUUAAAUUUCAAGAAAUGUAUAUAUUUACAUAUGAACCUUUCCAAUUUGAAAUGAUCAUAAUUAAUGAUUAAAAUCGUUGAGAAAACCAAAUUAA